GUUUAGGCCUGCUUCUUUACAGCUACAGAAUUGCGAAUGCUCGAAGGUCGAGCGUGGCAUGAAGGUUUGUGCCUCUUAUUCCUUCAAAGACGACGACCUUCGGUUCCACGACGCCAUCGUCGAAGAGAUUUGAGUUCGAAAUUUGGAUUGUGCACUUUUGAUGUCUUUAUUCAUUACUUCGUGAGAAAACUGGUCCAUCAAAAGCGUUAACGCUCGGUUUCGUUGCUGGAAAAGGAGAAAAUCCGAAAAUGGAAAGAUCUUGAAACGGAAAGAAUGAAAAUCUUUCCUCCGCGGGGGCGCUUUUCUUUAUGUGGAGUUCAAGAAGUAUGCUUUCAGAAAUGGAGAAGAGGAGUGCUUAUGCAUCUUUAUGCUUUUAUGGUUGCAUGGUCCAAAAGUUGGGACUAUGACAGUUACCAGUGUUGCAAAUAUUUGCACACUCCAAUCUUCUGCAAAAACUAAUCAAAUAUUAAACUCUUUUUUAAAUAUAACAAUGGAGAAGAUGAAAGCCACCUUACUUACUUCUGAUUCAGAUUCAAAAAAAGGCGGUGACAAUGGGCACUUGAGGAGUACAGCACAGGCAUUUGAAGAGACUAUUAGCAAUAGCUGGCCAAAAAUAGAGCAAGAUGUAGAUAUGGGAGGGGAAACUUCACUUAUGAAUAGAAUCACUGGCUAUCACCAUUUUGUAUUAAUUGACAAUUUGGAGAAAGACUUGUCCCCAAGAAUAGUUGUGGAAUUCAUACAUAAGCAGACUACCAUAUCAACACAAGUGUGCAUUUUUCCAAGCUUGUCUUCAGAGACAUACACGAGGGGAACCAUUGUAUUGGAUUGUAAAGAGAACCUGGAGAAAUUAUUGAAAUUUUUGGAGAACCCAAAUCACAUUAUAACAUCCUCGACAGGAAGGCCGUGGGUAAUCACUGAAAAGAUACCAAGACAUGGAUUGUUUAGAACAUUAAUUGGGAACCUGAACGAGAAGUCACUGAAGAAAUUACAGAGCACAAAUACUAAUUGUAAAGAAUUAAAGCUCUGUCACUUUGGAACUAAAGAAUAUAGGACAGCUGAGCAGCUAAGGGAUUUAUUCGUGGAGUUUGCAGAUCAUCGGCGGCGACUGCACAAGAAGCUUGCAUUGGAAGAGAGAAAAAUCUUGCACAUGUCUCACCCAGAUUCGUUGAUUCAAGCAAAAGAUUAACUGUCCUAUGUUCUUGUGGAUGUAUUAUCUAUACCUAUAUUAUGGCAGUGAUAUAUUUCCAAAUUUUUGUCUAUACUUUUGUACUUAUUGUGCAUGGAUUUUUGGUUCAUAAUGCGCACAAUGAUCUUCCUAGCAACUUUUCCACACUUGGGCCUGUGUAACUAGAUAUAAUAUAAUUAUCUAUAUAUUCAAGAAGUUGAAUAUUCUUAUA